CUCGGGUUCGUGUUUCCAGAGAUGCUUUCGCGCCGCGGUAAUAUUUGGUGAUCUCGUCUCGGCCGUUGAGGUAAAGAUGCGAACAUCCAAAAUACCCGACUGCACAGCCUAAUUCACAAUGGCAUCCUCUUACACGACCGAACCUCCUCCAACUGCAUCAGUCCUUCUCCAGACAACGGCGGGCCCUCUCACCAUUUCCAUAUUCGCGAACCAGACCCCAUUGACGUCGCGAAAUUUCCUCCAACACGUCUUGGAUGGGUAUUACGACAACAACAUCUUCCACCGUGUAUCCCCGGGCUUCGUCAUUCAAACGGGUGACCCUACCGGAACUGGAGAGGGUGGUCAGAGUAUCUACGAGGACCGAGAGUUUGAACGGUAUGAUGAAGACUGGGCGAGGGUUACAGGGCGUGAGAAGGAUGAGCCGAUACGGUUCGGGGAUGAGCUGCACAGCAGGCUGAAGUUCAACCGCAGGGGCUUGGUGGGCAUGGCCAAAGGCACCGGAGACGGCUCAGGAGGGUAUGGCAGCCAAUUCUUCAUCACGCUGGGUGACUGCAGGGCCGAGCUGGACGGGAAAUGCACCAUGUUUGGUCGAGUCGAAGGCGAUGGCAUCUACAAUGUGGUCAAGAUCGCCGAGGGUGAAUUGGUCGAAGGAACCGAGAGGCCUUUGUAUCCGGAGAAGAUUCUCAAGGCGGAGGUGAUUGAGCUGCCCAAGGGAGACGCAUGGCAAAAGAUGCAGAAGAGGGAGAAAAUCGCACAACGUGUCGUGGAAGCCCCUCCUGUUAAAAAGAAACCAGCUGCUAAGAAGAAGGGUGGCAAGACUUUACUCAGUUUCGGCGGCGAUGAGGGUGACCCUGACACCGGCGAAGUGACCGUCGUCCGGCCAAAGAAGCCCAAGUUCAAUCCCGCCCUGAUCGACGGAGGAGACAUGUCAGCGACGGAGAUAUCGCAAAAUGGGGCCGCUCCGAAGCCUCCAAGGCAGUCGUCUCCCGUCAAGCGUAAAGAGAAAUCGCCGUCUCCUCCGCCGACAGUACCCCAAAAGCGGAAAGCAGCUCCUAGUCCGCCGCCACCAGACUCUACAACUAGAACACCGUCCCAACAGUCGGCAUCGGCAUCUCCUCAUCACCGGCGGAAACCGUCAUUCCACGACCCGACCACCCAGCUGCCGCUUCGCAACCCGGAAUCACCAUCCCGCUCGCCCACACCGGACGAAGAAACCAACAAAGGCGACUCCAAAAAAUCUGCCCUGGAGGCCGAAAUCGCGGAACUGAAGGCAUCGAUGCGAAGAAAUGUGACGAGCACCGUUGGCGAUACUUCGCGUAAGAAGUCGGCGCUGGAGGCGCUCAUUCCCGCGACGAGCACAAGAGGCCGGAAACGGCCGCGGCCAGGCGAAACCAAUUCAAAAGACGACGCUACGGCGUUGAAGAUGUUGAAUGCUUUCAAAGCACGGCUCGAGCAGGCGGACAGCUCAAGCAAGGCGGCGAAACCGGAUUCGUCAGCCAAGUCCGGUGACCGCAACGGACAGCCACAGGAACCAUCAGGCGAUCCAGAUGUCAUGGUGACCUCGAAACCUCCGCCCGAGGCUGUAGCGGACGACGAAGAAGCCGCACUGUGUGAUUUACAUUUCAUCGCCAACUGUCAGUCCUGUUCGCGGUGGGACGAAAAGGGCGGUGACCCUGACGCGGACUCGGACGACGAUGGCGGAAAGGAAUGGAUGAGCCAUGCCCUCUCGUUCGCCAAGGAUAGACUCGGCAAGGAUCUCAAUUGGAAGAAGAAGAACGAAGAGGAACUCGUGGUUAUUGACCCGCGAGAAAAGGAGAAGGAGCUGAAAAGUCGUCAUAAGGACAGAGACAGAGGAAAGGACAAGGGGAAGGGGAAAGGAGGAAAAGGCUUUGAUCGAGAUCGUCGGUGGUAACCUCACACCUACAGUACAUGUGAAUCAGUUGAUUUCCCAGGUCAUGCUCAGAUUCAGAUCAGACCAUACCGUCAAGUCAUAUAUAAAACGCCAAAUCAACCGGCUCACCCUCCCCCGUCCGUUCAUAUUUCUCAGCGACCAACUCGAGCAUCGUGGUUCCAUUUCCCAUGACGCCUCUCCACCGAUUCUUUGAAUUGUACCUAAUAUCCCAGUCUUCGCCGCGCAAAUCACCCCCUCUUCCCAGCAGAAUCUCACGGUACAAGAGCGCAGAGCCAGGCCAAGUGGCCGUGACCCUACCAUCUACCCUAUGAUUCUUGUACCAGGACUUACACCCCGCAGUCCAGACAAGUGUCUUGUGAAUCUCAUCGCCGUACCGGACGAACUCGUCCGUGGCCGCCUGCGUGGGGGCUACGCUCUUGAUAUCCUCCGCGGCGAUCUUGCGCAGCCAUUUGACGAUAUAUUCGGCCGUCCAGGUCAUGGAAGUAAUUAGCGUGCCAUGCCCCACAGUGGCGUUUGGGCCCGUGAAAAUGAAAUAGUUGGGCAUAUCUGGGCACGCGAGGCUGAGGUACGAUUCGGGCUCAGGGUCCCAUUUCUGCACGAGUGUGAUCCCGUCCCGUCCUGUUACGGGGUAGUGUGGGAUGUGGGAGGUGUCGAACCCCGUGGCGCAGAUGAGUACGUCGAGAUCGUAUUGUGAACCAGAAAAGGUUCGGACGCCCGUCGCUGUGAUGGUCUCGAUGGGUGAUUUCUCAAGUGUCACGUUGGGAAGGAGGAAGGAUUCUAGGUAUCCUUCGCCGGGAGUGAGGCGGCGGCAUCCUAGUGUCCAGUCUGGGAUGAGCUCUUUGCAGAGACAUUCGUUGUUGUUCAGCGCCUGGCGCAUGCGUGCGAUGGUUGUCUUGGUCGAUGUGGCGUUUUGGAUGGAUCCUUUGCGGUACUAUGGCUCUCAAAAAAAGAGUCUCCUGGUUAGUGGCGUGUUGACAAGGGUUUACGAGUUCCACUCCUUUGUAGGGCAGUGUGCUCACAAGAUGGGAAGAUAGAGACAUGGCCAGCGACUUGAACUGGAAAUCAAAAGAAGGGGGGCAUAGUUGCUCACAAUUCGAAAUCCUCGGUUCAUUCCAUGCUGCAGCAUCUUGCGGUACUGUCUGUGUUUCUCGGGAUCUCGAAACCGCCUCUUGUCCUUGCUCGUGUAGCGCGGGUUGAAUCUGCUGCCAAUUUCCUGAUUAGAAUCCUCCUCGACAUUGGCAUCUCCGUUGACCAUUUCGUCGUCCUCAGAAGCCCCGUCUUCAGAAUCAGCUUGAUUGACACCCAGGGCUUCAC